GGCUGCUGUGAACGCGGUGAGGAUGAGGAGGCCCGUCUCCAGUUUGGGUUUGGGCUCCAGUUUGAAGGGGAAACUGGUGAGAGCUGGUUUCCAGUUCACCACAGACCUGCAGGACCUGAACCCGGAACAGCUGAGCGCAGAGGCUGGAGUGUCCCAGCAGGAGGCGCUGGAGGCGCUGCAUGCUGCCAGCGCGGGGCACGGCGGUGCCCCCGUGACGGCUCUGGAGCUCCUGCAGAGGGAGGAGGAGUUCAGGAGCAUCGUGACGUUCUGCUCCCGGCUGGACGAGGCGCUCGGGGGAGGAGUUCCUGUCGGGAAAGUGACGGAGAUCUGCGGAGCUCCAGGAGUUGGGAAAACACAGCUGUGCCUGCAGCUGGCCGUGGACGUCCAGGUGCCGGCGGUGUUCGGCGGUCUCGGGGGUCAGGUUCUGUUCGUGGACACGGAGGGCGGGUUCCGGGUCCAGAGGCUGGUGGACCUGGCCGGCGCCGCCGUGCGCCGCUUCUCGCUGCUGGCUGAGGAUGAGGAGCAGCGUGUUGCCAUGGCGACCUUCACCGUGGAGACCAUCCUGUCAAACGUCUUCCUGGGUUUCCUGGUGCGUUGCCGUGACUACGUGGAGCUGCUGGCCGAGCUGCGUCUGCUGCCCGACUUCCUGUCGGACCGGCCGAGGCUCCGCCUCCUCGUCAUCGACAGCGUGGCGUUCCCGUUCUUGCGUCUCCAUGACGAUCUGUCCCGGAGGACACGCCUCCUCCAGGGCGUCGGCCUGCGGCUUAUCGCCGCGGCGACGGGCCACAACAUCGCCGUGGUGACCACCAACCACACCACCACGCGGCUGCGCGGCGGCCGGGCGCGGCCGGCGCCGGCGCUCGGCGACAUCUGGGGCCACGCCCCCUCCGUCAGGCUCCUCCUCCGGUGGGAGGAGUCACGGCGCAUGGCCUCCAUCCUCAAAUCCCCGGGUCACAUGGACUCCAGCGUCCAAUACCAGAUCACCUGCCAGGGCUUCAGGGACGCGGACCAAUCAGAACAGCCGCAGAGCAAAAGGCCUCGAACUCAGACCGACCAAUCGGCUUCCAGCAGGAAAAACACUGUGACAUGAUUAAAGCCAAUCGGAGAUGAGAGCCUGAAGUUCAGUCUGCACUUCUGCUCUCUGCUGGCUUCUCAUUGGCUGAGAGGAACUCACAGGUGCUCCUGUGCAGGUGUGUUUGCUGCUUUUACCUGCGCUGCUCUAGUUUAGCCCCGCCCCCAGCGUGAUGUCACUCAGGUGAGGCUGCAGCAAAUCCAGACAAAGAAACUUUAACCAGAUCCUGGAGCUGCAGGCGUCCAGGUGUGUCCAGCUGCUCCUCCUGGCCUCCAUCACCUGUCUGUCACCUUGGAAACUGAGUUUCUCUGGAUGUUUGGUUGAAGAAUAAAUCCACGAUUUUCUACAAAUCUCCUGGUUUAACUCACUGGACGCAGAUUUCUUAUUGUUUUUUUAUAAAGUGAAAAGUCUUUGUUAAGGGAAUGUAUAUUUGCUUUAUUAAAGGAAGAAAAUGAUUUUCUGUUUUCAUAAUAGUAAUGACACUUUUGAUUUGAGACUCACUCACCUUACAGAAGGCAAAAAUAGUAAAUCGGUGAACGUGUUCAGUAUUUAAUUGUGUUUUCAGCAAUAAAAACAUGAUUUGAGUAACUUCAUGUUCAACAAAUAAAUAAAAAUCUGGGAAAAUAAA